CCCGGAGAGUACGGAGAGGGAGGGCAAAACAGACUAAGAUCUUGGGUGGUCUUAAAAACUCUUUUUGCUUGGUUACUUUUUGUUAGGCUUUUAAGGAGGAUCCGCGCUCGGAUUUAGAGUAGACUCGUGAUACCUUUGCUCCAGAGUCUAACCCAAAGAGAGCGACUAGUAGAGAAGAGGGAAAGAGGGGGCGGAGCUCACGAGGCGGCUCCUGGCUCCUCCAGUUGAAUUCAAAGAGCUCUGCUCGAAUGGUGUUCUUCUCUGCGCAAUAUGACUUGAAUUCUUCUCGUCUGAAGCAGUAACUUUGAAGAUUCGUCGGCGCUGGUAGUGUUCGGUGGACAUAUCUUCUAAAGCUUUCAGUUUCGUUGACAUUAGAGAAGAUGACAGUUGUCGGCGUCGAGAGCGUAAUAGAGGAGUUCGAGACACUGACGAAGGAUGCCGGCCGAGUCCAGAGAGAGACCCUGCAAAAGAUUCUCGAACAAAAUGGCGAGGCAGAGUACUUGCAGAAAUUCGCUCUUGGAGGAAGAACCGACCCCGAGAGUUUUAAGGCUUGCGUUCCCUUGAUCACUCAUAAAGAUUUGGAGCCUUACAUUCAGAGGAUUUUCGAUGGAGAUACUUCACCCGUUCUCACUGGGAAUCCUUUAAUAGCGAUCACACUCAGUUCUGGUACCACUCAAGGAAAGCGCAAGUUUUUACCAUUCAGCGAAGAGCUGCUUGAGUCGACGGUGCAGAUAUACAGGACUUCAUUUGCUUUUAGAAACCGAGAAUACCCAAUUGGGAACGGAAAAGCUUUACAAUUCAUCUACAGCAGCAUGCAGAUGAAAACAAAUGGAGGGCUCAUCGCUGCAGCAGGCUCCACAAAUAUUUACCGAAGCGAACACUUCAAACGCACAUUGAAGGACAUCCAGUCUCAGUGCUGCAGCCCUGAUGAAGUUAUAUUCUGUCCCCACUUCGACCAGUCUUUGUAUUGCCACCUUCUAUGUGGGCUACUUUACUCAGAUGAAGUGCAGCACGUAAAUGCGCAAUUUGCCCACAGCUUGGUCAAUGCAUUUCGAACGUUCGAGCUGGUUUGGGAAGAUCUCUGCAAUGAUAUCAGGCAUGGAGUUCUCUCCAGCAGAAUUACCGUCCCAUCUGCCCGUGCAGCUGUUUCCAAACUUCUGUUUCCAAAUCCCACACUGGCUGAUUCCAUAUAUGAAAAAUGCAAGGGUUUAAGUAACUGGUAUGGUGUGAUCCCAGAACUUUUUCCCAAUGCCAAGUAUGUCUAUGGCAUUAUGACAGGAGCGAUGGAACCAUACUUGAGAAAGCUAAGACAUUAUGCAGGAAGCUUGCCCCUGGUAUGUGCUGAUUAUGGGGCUUCGGAGGGAUGGAUUGGUGCAAAUGUAAACCCUGGGCUGCCUCCUGAGUUGGCAACGUUUGCGGUGCUUCCCAACAUCGCGUUCUUUGAAUUUAUUCCUCUGGGAAAGCCCGAGGGGCAGGAGUUGGAGAAUGGUGCCUCCAUUGACUACAUAGAAUCAGAGCCAGUUGGUCUUACAGAAGUUGAGGUUGGCAGAGAGUAUGAAGUUGUCGUCACCAGUUUUGCAGGUCUAUGUCGCUAUAGGCUGGGGGACAUCGUAAAGGUGGCAGGAUUCCAUAACUCCACGCCUGAGCUGAGAUAUAUAUGCCGGAGAAACGUAGUCCUAUCCAUCAACAUCGACAAGAACACAGAGAAAGACGUGAUGGUGGCCGCCGAGGAGGCAGCCAAGCUCUUAGCGGCGGAGAAGCUCGAGCUCGUGGAUUUUACGAGCCACGUCGAUCGUUCGACAGACCCUGGCCACUAUGUGAUCUUCUGGGAGCUGAGUUCGGAUGCCGGCGAGGAGGUUCUGAGCAGCUGCUGCAAUUGCUUGGACCUGGCUUUUGUGGAUGUAGGCUAUGUCUGCUCGAGGAAGGUGGGCGGAAUCGGACCGCUUGAGCUCCGUGUUGUGAGGAAAGGAACCUUCCAGAAGAUUCUAGAACAUUUUCUCAGCCUUGGGACUUCGAUGGGCCAGUUCAAGACGCCCCGCUUGGUGGGCCCAUCUCGCGGCAGGGUCUUGGAGAUCCUGUGCCACAAUGUCAUCGAGAGCUAUUUCAGCACUGCCUAUGGCUGCUAA